CGGCGCUAGCUGUGCGACCUCCUACGCGAUCAGCUUUUUCUUCGAGAGUGCAUGAGCAUGCAUGCAUGCCAUUUGGAUGAAUCUCGCAAAUAUUCAUCAUUAUAUUACGCCAACCCAGUUGUACUAAUAAACCACUGGGCCCGGUUAAACGCUAAUAAAACACGUUACUAUGGUUAAUGUAAUCAUGACUCGGGAUUUAUAAAUACCCAGUGAGCUUAGCUUCCAUCUUUGCUUAAUUGCUUUCUUACUUUAGUUUAAAAAUGUUCAAAUUAAAAAAGUGUUGUAAACCAAACUUCUGAAUGGCGGCAGAAACAACAAUGCAGAUACACCCUGAGUUGCCUGGUGGGGAUGAUCAAGAUGUGGAAGUCAUCGCUUUAACGCCUGCAGUUCUAACGGCAGAGAACAAAUUCUUGUGUGGGGUGUGCGGCAGAGGAUUCCAAAGAGACCAGAACUUGCAGCUUCACCGGCGGAGCCACAAGCUGCCAUGGGAGCUAAAGAACCGCGACGGAGAUGCGGCGGCCCCAAGGAAGAAGCGUGUGUAUGUUUGCCCGGAGGCGGACUGCCCCCACCACCACCGCUCCAGAGCGAUCGGAGAUCUCUCCGGCAUCAAGAAGCACUACUGUCGGAAACACGGUGAGAAGAAGUUCAAGUGCGACGGCUGCUCCAAGGCAUACGCUGUCGCCUCCGAUCUCAGAGUCCACCUCAAGAAUUGCGGCUCUGAAGUCUGUUGCCAUUGCGGAGACAUCUUUUCUAAGAGGGAAAAUAUUGAAAGGCACCAGGAAUAUUGCAAAUCACUGGAGCAUGGCGCUGCAAUGCGUGAAUAUCAGGAAAGGCCUUUUCGGAUUCCGGCAGAAAGGCUCCCUUCUCCGCCGCUUACCGCCGGAAGCCACCCUGCGUUUAUUGGUGGCCUACAAUUUUCAGGACAAACACAAAUUGUGACUUCACCUGUUGGUGUCAUGCGAAGCCAGGCGAGCUCAUCUUAUGUGCAUCCUUCUCGCCUCUACGGCCAUGCAUCACCGCCAUUCCAGUACAUGGCUGCCUCAAGUCCCCCACUGUUGUCGCCUGCGCUAUCCGCAACUGCAGUUCUUCAACGAGCCGCACAAGUAGGCUCAACGUACUCUUCCUCUUCCGGUGGUGAUGAUGGUAGUGGUGAUUCAUAUAUUCGUGGAUUGGCUGGUCGUUCACUAAACACUGAGAAUGAAGCGAUGAUGGUUCCAUCAAGUGGAUUCCUGGAGUAUUCCCAGAUGGACAGGUCAUCUCCCGCGAUGAUCUUUGAUGCCAACUGCCCGUCGACUCUGGAUUUUCUCGGCUUGGAAAGCGGUGGCUAUGGCAACGCGAGCACUUCCCGUCGCUGGUAGAUCAGGCAGAUGGGUUUGGCAUGGGUAACCUCAUGUCAUGUCUCUUGUUUCUCAAUUCCCUGUUUCAAACUUUCUUUAAGAUUGCACAUGCAACAAUAACUUUUGGACUACCUUGAGUUGGUUUAAGUAAUUUAGUUCAAUUCGGCAGUUGAUGUACACAGACAUUGUGUUGUGUUUUCAUUAGUUUCGUUAUUGUGUUGCACAUGACUUGGAGAUUUCCAUGUGCAAGUAUCCUGGUUUUCCUGUCUUUUGGAGCAAGAAAAAUCAUAUAUAUA